GGAGAGCUUCUCAGAAAAUGCGGACAAUUACCCAAGUUCAGGUCCUAGUUGUCCUGUCGACACACUCAGUAUGGGCAAUGGCAGCGAUCAGCCAACGAAAUCAGCCCGUACAAGAUCAAGUCAAGACCCAGGCUCCACUUAGCCAAUCAGCAUCCUCCUCUCUCAAUGCUUAUGCAGCGCAUGUGCAGGAGCAUCGCAGCUCUUACAUGAAGUCCGCGAUGACGUCAGAGAACAGAGAAGACCACGUGCAAGAUUCUGACGUGAUGAGCGAGGAGCCGAACAGUCAUGAUGGCAGGAGGCCAAAGAGAGCUUCUGUACUAGCUGCGGCAAUACCAGUUGUAGGGGAAUUUUUCCGUAAUAUUUUUCAGGGUUCGUCAAAUACUCCCGACUGUAUGACAGAGGCCCAGCUGGAAAGAAAAUUUUAUGAAUACCAGCAAGCGCUGACAUCAGGUGCCAAGGAAAUCCAGGGUUUGCCUGCAAUCCUGAUGUUUAUAGGCGUCAGGAUCCUGUACAUGGUGUUGGGGCUCCAGAUGUCAUUCUAGAAGUGUAUGCGAAGACAAAACUGGCUUAACAGUUCAUUAUACAUAUAUAAAAUAUUUUGU